AUGGAGCUCGACGACGACGAGGAAGCGGUCGAGGAAGACGAAGAGAUGAUGGCCGCCGCAUCUGCUCCCGACGGUCGCGAAGCACCAGAGGACGAGGAGGAGGCGAAAGCCAGGGUGGAGAAGAUGCAGCUGGGCGGCGUCAACGACGUGCGCAGCGUGGCCGGUCUGAUGAAGACGCUGCAGCCCGUCAUGGAGAAAAUAGCCCACUACCAAGAGCUGCCGCCGGAGCAGCAGACCAGAAACUUUGGAAACAUCGAAGACAACCCGGAGUACAAGCUCCUCACCCAAUCAAACACCCUCUCGACGUCGAUAGACAGCGAGAUCAUCCUGGUGCACAAAUUCAUCCGCGAUCAUUACUCGGUCCGCUUCCCUGAGCUCGAGACUCUGAUUACCAACCCGCUCGACUAUGCCAAGACGGUUGCCAUUGUCGGCAAUGGACCCAUGGAGGAUAUUAAGAGCAUUUCGUCUUCCUCCAACAACCUGGUUGGACAGCCGCUCAGAGCCGUGCUGGACGGCCCGUCUAUGAUGGUCGUGACCGUCGAGGCCACCACGUCCCAAGGACGCGAAUUGACGGAAGCGGAGCUGCAGACUGUGAUGAAGGCAUGCGAAAUGACGAUGCAGCUCGACAAGGCGAAGAGGGUAUUGACCGAAUACGUGCAAUCGCGCAUGAACCUGUUUGCACCUAACCUCACAGCGCUAAUUGGGUCCCUGACCGCGGCGCAACUCCUGAACUACACGGGAGGCAUCAAGGGCCUGUCGAAGACGCCCGCCUGCAACAUUGCGCCACUCGGAUCCAAGAAGGCUUCGGGUACCGGAUUUGCGACGAAUGUCGGCGUACGCCACCAAGGCUUCCUGUACAACUCUCCCAUCAUCCGGAACAUACCCAGCGACCUGAAGAAACAGGCCAUGCGAAUCGUGUCGGCCAAAAUCGUGCUCGCAGCCCGUGUCGACAGCAUCCACGGCACGCCCGACGGCUCGACAGGCGAAGACCUCAAGCAGCAAUGUCUAGAGCGACUCGACAAGCUCACGGAGCCGCCACCGAACAAGGGCGUGCGCGCGCUCCCCGCCCCAGAUGACAAGCCCAGCCGCAAGCGCGGCGGCCGGCGCGCCCGCAAAGCCAAGGAAGCAACGGCCAUGACGGAGCUGCGCAAAGCACAGAACCGCAUGGCGUUUGGCAAGGAGGAGCAAGAGGUGGGCUACGGCACGGGCGAGGGCACCAAGGGCCUCGGCAUGAUCGGGCAGGGCACCGACGGCCGCAUCCGCUCACAGCAAAUCGACCAGCGCACCAAAGCCAAGCUGUCGAAGAAGAACCCUGGAUGGGGCGGCGCGACGCCCGCGUCAGGCACGGCAUCGUCGAUCCGCGGCGGAGUGGGCGGCGGCGCGGGCAGCGGCAGCGUCAGCGUCCUCCGCGGGCAGGGCCUGCGCACUUCUGGUGUUGGCGCCGGCGCGGCGGGAGGCACCGCGUCUACGAUUGCGUUUACCCCCGUGCAGGGCCUGGAGCUGGUGGACCCGAAGGUGCGCGAGGAGAUGAAUCGGAAGAGGAAGGCUGAGGAGGACCGCUGGUUUAGUGGCGGGACUUUUACCCAGAUUGCGGGGUCGGCCGGUGGCGGUCAGCAGCCGCAGACGAAGGUGGAUGCGGCGGGGUUUAAGGUGCCUACGCUGCCGGCGAAGAAGGCGAAGGUGGAUGAGGGAGGGAAGUGA